GUUUUGUUGAACAUGAAACGAAAGUACGAAGUGUGUUGAAAUAUUUCUGAAAGCUCUAACCUAAAUAUUUUAUCAAAUUCGCAAUUAAUUUCGAGGAAAAUGUCCGUAGUUGGUGAUUAUCUAGUCACUUAAUCAUCUUCAAAUGACAGUGAAUUGGUUUAGUUUGUGAAAAUCAUGCAUUCCGAGUGAAUAAUACACGAUGGAAGAAGAAAUAGAUCCGUACGAAGGACAGCUGUUAGCUGUGUUCAAAAGUUGCGACAAUACUGGUAACGGAGUUCUGGACCAAAAUGGAUUCAUCAAGUUAUGCGACACAUUACAGUUGGAGGACGCUCACAGAAGCCAGCUUUCUUCUCAAUUAUGUAUAAAUGGAAAAUGUAAUAUCGCUUUUAAUCAAUUUCGAGACGCUCUGUUGACUAUUCUAUCUGCACUCAAGUCUCCUAGCGAUGAAUAUCCGUCACCGAUCGGUAGCAUUGAAAGUCCAGAACAAGAAAUAUCGCCCAAGUUCGUAUUCGGUGGUAAGAAGUAUGGACGAAGAUCGCGACCUGCUAGCACUGAUCAAGACGAAGAAAAGAUUGAUAGAGGGUUGUCGGGAAGUGGUGAUGAUAUAUUCUGUUCCGACAGUGGAUAUUCGAAUGAGUUACUUAUGGAAACUGAUUACAAAGAUAAAUCUAAAGAUGUGAAUGAAAGUCCUUUAAGCCCAGGUGAAGAUUUUGAAAUCGAGGCAUUUUGUCAGCAUCUGGGUGUUCUCGAAGACGACAAGAUCGCCAGUCACGAACUUAUUCCUAUUUGCAGUUCUCUCGGUAUUCCGAACUCUUUAUGUGAGAUCAUUCGAGAGAAUAUAUCCAAAUUACAAGUCACCGAUAACGAUAUUACUUACAAAGAAUUAUUCCCUUUGAUCCGGAAAUUAGGCUGCUUCACUGCAUCGUCUCCGGUAGUAGCUAAAAAUAUUGGUCUCUCUGGGCCUACUCCUUUUAGCGAAAAUGAGAUCUCGAGUGUCGAUAUAAAUGCUACAGGAUGCAUCAGCUACGACACAUUGGUAUAUUUAUUUGAAAACGCCGGCAUCAGCGACGCCAGUACAUUCCUAAAUGAUCUCGGUAUAUCGCCCCAGUUCGACGUACAUUUAUCAGAACUAGCGAUUCAGUUACAAGAAGAACUGAUGAACAUACAACGCUGCAUGGACGACUCCUCUAAUCCAAUGUACACGUUGUUAAAUCCACAUUUAUUAUUGUUACAAGCGUCGGUAGUCGUUAGUCAAGCGCAGAUAAAGUGGUAUAGGUCGUCGGUAGAACAGAUGCAAUGCGAACGAGAUAAAUUAAGGAAUGAUUUAUUAGUCGCUAAUGAAAGAGCUAGUUUAUUGGCCCAGGAAGUCGACGAUAACCACGCGCGAAUGGAAAACUCGUUGCAAAUGAAGUUGAAAUUAUUGGAGCAAAAACACGCUGAGCAGAUUAAGAAAUUGACAUUCCAGUGGUCUGCUGAAAGAGAACAGUUGACUAGUCAGAAUUUAAAAAUGGAGAAGCAGUUGGAACAGUUGCUUCACGACGAAACGAAAUUGAGAACCGAAGUUGCUUCUCUGAAACAAGAUUAUGAAAAUCUCGAAAAAGAGAAUCGUAAUCUUCUGGAUCAGCUUGUUAACGCCGAAACCGUCAGAACUGAAUUGGAGAAAGAAAUUCAACGUUUGUCUUCGUUGAAAAAGAAGGUUCUAGAACUAGAAAGCAGCAACGAACAAGCGAUUUCAUUUUUGGAAAAAAUGAAUCAAUUGCAAGCGGAAAAUAACAGAUUACGAGAUAAAAACGACGAACUGGAAGUAGAACUAGAAAAUGUUACCUCGAGGCAAAUGCAGAAUCGAAACUUACGCAGCAAACGUCGAGGAAAUUCGCCUCUAGAAGGCGAUGACAAUUCCGAUACCGAUUUCGCAGCUUCUUCGACUCAUCGUAUGUUCUCAAAAGUACGAAAAUUCAACACCGAAAAAGACCUCUCCGUUCAUUCGGAAACUAUGAAUAGCGGCGGCCUAAUGACGCAGCAUUCGGAGAGCGGUGUGGAAGCCGAUAUAUCAACGUCUAGUUCAUCACUGGAUCGAGUGGGUGAAGGUUUAUUCGAAGGAAGCGAUAAGACGAUAUCUGUACUCAGAAAUAGAGUUUGUUUCUUGGAGAAUUUCAUCAAUAAGUAUCAAUUGAAAGUGCCCUCGAGUGGAGACGACAUCGAAACAAACGGAGAAUCAGCGAAAACCUACGACGAGUUGCCAUUAUUACCAGAGAAAUCAGCCGAUGACUUGGAAAAACAAUGCGAAACGUUGCAACAACGCUUAGAUCAAGUUCAAAAAGAGAUACUGAAAAUACUCUCAGAAAAAAGAGCCUGCACCGAAGAAAAUUGCGCUCUAAAAAUCAAAAUCUCCGAAUUAAUGAAACGUUUACCAGUCAACUCAUCCGGUGCUGAAGGUGACAAAGCGACUAAAGCUGAUUCUAUUCAUUCGUCUUUGGAAACAGUCAAAGGCGAAUGGUCUCAGGUGCCAUUCGACGAACCGAAAAAUACCACGAUGACCGAAUUCGCCAAUUUAUCCGAGUGCGCGUUCAAAGUUGAUUCGAGCUUAGAGAAAUCAUUGAGAGAAGAUCUGGACGAGGUUUCUCAAAGUAGCGAUAAAAAUACAUUGAGCGCGAGUUCAGCUCCUACGCAAACGGUGGAUACUUCGUGUUCCAGUAUGUUCGCUACGGUUUCCGAAGAGGAGAGCGAAAUGGAAUGGAAAACGAUCGGAGAUGAUAAAAGACCCAUCGACGACGGUGGCGAAGAAGAUAAACAGGAGUCUAUACAGGAACAAAGUUAUAAUAAAUUGGUCGACGAUUAUAAUCAUUUAAAGAAGGAGAAUAAAACUCUCAAGGAUAAAUGUGAAGAGUUGGAAAGCUGUUUGGAUAUGCUAAGGAACGAGUACGAUCAAUGCGAAGAAUAUUGGUCGUCGAAAUUGGACGAAGAACGUAAAUUAUUCGAAGAGGAACAAAGAAUCAGCGACGAGAAAUUUUCCGAUCUUCAAGCCAAAAUCAACGAAUACAGCGAUAUGUUCGAUUGCGAAUCGAUGUCGUCGCAGAUGAUGUCCAAAUUACCUCCGAUUGCGGAAAAUGAUACUCUCGAAAAAGAAGUCACUGAUUUGCAAGAAGAAUUUCAAUCUUAUAAAGAAAAAAUGGAACACGAAAAUAAAGAAAAACAAAGCGAAAUUGAAAGAUUAAUGCAAAUCAUCAGUCUGUACGAAAAUACCACCGGAUUGAAAAAUAACGAUCCGGGUAUCGAACAGAGCUUAGAGAGUCUCAAAAGCGAUAAAACUUACGUGUUGGAAAAACCAUCGUUAGAUUUACAAGAGGUUCCUCGAGUACCAGAAAACACUGUCGAACGUUGUUGCAAAGAAAAUGAUUCUAAAUUAAUCGAAUUGAAGCAUCGUAAGAAACAACUGAAAAAAGAAUGCAUGAAACUAGAACUGGAGAAAGAGUCGUUGAUGGAUCAACUAAUCAAAAUGAAAUCCGAGCCCAGACCCGUGUAUAAUUACGCCCCUUGUAGCCACGUCAUCCAACAACGAAAUGCUGAAGCGUCGAAAAAUGGAAUCUUACUACGUCUCAGACGUCAAGAAAUGAAGAACAGACAGUUACGUAAUGUGCUUUUGCAACAACAGAAAAAACUCAACAAAACGAUGAGAGAAACACUCGAACAACACGAGAAAGAAUUAGCGAAAUAUCGUUCGGCUUUAGCAUCUUCUCAAGAAAUGUGGCAAUCGUUGCAACAAACUACAAAAAAACAAGCCGAACAAAUAGCCAUGUCUGAUGUCUUGGUGAAAGAAUUAUACUGCGAAAAUUCUCAGUUAAUGGCCACCAUUCAUCAACUAGAACAACAACAUUUAGAUUGCCCAUCGCCAGUUUUACUCUAAUUAUUAUUCUUUAACGCUUUGGUUUUUUUUUCUUUGUUUCUCUAAUUAAGUAAUGAUUUUCAAACAAACCUCGCGUAUAUUCAAAGUGUGAAUUGCUUAUCACUGAAAAAUCAUGUUUAGUUUGCAUUUUCCCCCUUUUAAUUCGACUUUUACUUAUUACCAAUUUUUUUUCUACGUAUUGUUUUGUUUUGUUAGUACUUAUUAUUAUUAUCUGUUUACGAUGUAGAUGAGUUAGAAAUUUGAUAAUUACUUCAUUUUUAUUACACAUUUUCAUUUCGAUGCUAAAUACCGAUGUAUGUUUUGUACGAUGAAGAAGAUCACUCGUGUAUUUAGUCCUUUUCUGAGUACAUUAUAAUCCUGGACUGAAAAUUUUCAAAUGGAAGGGUUCGCAUUCUCUCGGGUAUUUUUUUUUCGUGUAAUACACUUUAUUGAAAUUAUAACGGCGGGCUUAUAUCAGUUAAUUAUGUGUUAAGCCAAAGCGUUUGAUUUUGUUGAAUAAUACUCCCAAGUACUUACUGUUUUACCAAUAUUUUAAUUAAUAUUUCUAAAACACCUAUUUUUAAUGGAUGUUUUAUAAGUAGUUUAUUUUUCAUCACGUAUAGUGUACGAACAAAAAUUAUUUUGUUUUCAAAAUCAUCUCGAUAUCAAAAAAAAAAAAUGCUUUCUUCGGCGUUUUAUAUAUUUACAAUGGGCAGUAUUGUAUUUUUUUUUGUUUUUGUGUUUUUUUUUUCUGUUUUUAUAUUAUUUGCGUAGUUUGUAAGGCUAUUAAAUGUUUUGUUUUGCUGUU